AUGUCAGAGUAUGCUACACUUUCUCUAGCAUUAAACUCUGUACCCAACAGUCUCUCAACGGUAUCUACAAUGCAGAAGUUGCACAUGUCCCCAGCCCAGCAAACGAACUUUUCAUGGCUGGCAUUCAAUUGGCAGGUAUCCAUCUCCAGAAUGGAGGGCACCCUGCUAUGGGACUUGGCCAACCUUCUACAAUCUCCCAUUCUUACCAACAAUGUUUGGACAGAGUGUAAACAAGAGCAUGCUGAAAAGGGCGACAGAAUUAAUAACGCAGAUGAUUUGCAAUCACAGCUCCGCAGGCACUACAAAAAAGGAAUGAAGAUAUCUGAUGGCAUAUACAUUUGUAUCCCUAUGGAUGCUAUUCCCAACUCCCUGGUGGAUAUCCACAACUCUGAUGAGACAUUAAUGGCAUUCAUCCGCACCAGUCUUCCAGCAAAAACACAAAAUUCUCUUACAGACAACCUACUAGCCGUGUUUGGGACCGUGGAUCUAUUGACAGAGACGAACACCCGCAUUGAUGCUGACUCUACCUUUCAAGCACUCCACUUGUUAUGGUACAAUCGCCAUUGUACCAAGGGUUAUGAAGCUCCAUCUGAUAUCCCUCCUUCUAUGCUUGACAGAGUUGGCUGUGUACAUACCAACCACAGUCAGAUGAUUCCAUCCAUCUCCAAGGAUGUCAAAGACAACCAGAAAAUGUUUCAGUCCCUCAAGAUCAUCUUCAAAGAGUUGUACUCAGUCUCUGACUCGGACUGCCUCAGUAAAGCUAAGGGAGUCAGAUGUGUGGUCUGA